CUCAGCUACGCCUCCAACCCCGAUGAGGUAAUCCCAGCUCCCUUUUUUGGCUACUCCAGCAGGAUCUGCGCUUUUCCAGCUCUAAGGUCAGCUUCCUCCCCUCCCCGAAAUCCACUGGCUAAGGGAAGACAUCCCCCGACACCUCCCCCUCCCCCAGGCUCCCUCUCCCCGCUUUUGAAUGCACAUCCCACUAUGGUUUUUUUGGGAGGGGGAGGGAGGAGCAAGCACAGGAAGAAAUAUACCGCAAUGGGUUUCACAGUUUAUUCUGGCCUCCAGCUCCGAUCUGAACAGGAUUGACGGGGUUUCGCCAAGAAUUUGCAGUGCUGCCAGAACCCACAGUCCCAACUAACCGCGGGACAGGAGAAAGUCCAGAACAAGCACCCCGCUCCCCGCAAGAAGUCGUAACUGCCAUCUCUGCCCUCAUUCGUUAGCUCCUGGUUGGUUCAACGUCUCCCUUCGGAGAUGCAUCACCUCAGGAAAAAAUGGAGUGGUACUCUUCAGCUUUUUCCAGGCACCGGGGGAUGUUGCUGUUGGGACGAACGGGUUCAGAAUUAAGGGGCAUUUUUAGCCCCCCAGUGCUGAGACGAGCAAAGACUUUGCACUCAGAAUUCCCCGGGUCGCUGCUGCUCUGCCUCGAGCAGCUGGAGAGCAAUUUGCCCGCUAUUCUCCCCAACAGGGACCACCAAGAGCAUAGUUCCGCGGGAUGGACGUUCGAGUGGCUUCAGGACCCUGGACAGCUCCCCCGGCCUCCCACUGAAUGUUUUGGUGCAGGUCCCAUUUCCCCUUAAGGCAGCUCCCCCGUUGGGAAUUUAUUCUGGAGCCUGAAAUGGUUGUCCAAGCCUUUCCUUGCUAUUUUAAAUAACCCCGAAGAGCCGGCUUAUUUGUCACAGAUCGGUCGAGGAGUCAAGGUUUGGACAGGUAAACUUCAGUACCUCGAUAGCUCCCUCCAAGUGCAAGUCUUUGGGGGAAAGUGAAAGAAGAGAACCAAAUAAGCCUCGGCCGCCCUGUUCUUUCUCCUUAGCUGAGUUUAGAGGUUCUCUGUACACGUAGGCGCACUCGCCCUGUAUGCGAGUGAUGUGGUGCUGAUCUUCGCUCGAAGCUGGCUUUCAGAGCACCUCACCCCCCAUGCCGCUACAUAUUUUGAAGCUCACUUUAAAUAUUUAUUUCUGCUUCGCUGUAACACUACUCUGGAUUCCUCCACCCGCCCCCAGUUACUCCUUUCUUGCCCCUGCGAUGUUUCCCCCCUGUUCCGGGAGAUUUAGAGCCAGGGCUGGUCUCUAAGCAAAGAAGCUCGUAUUUGGUGUUGGUUGGGAUUUGCAAUUAGGAGACAGAACGAGGACUCCUAUGAAGAUGCUGUGCAAAUACCGCCACAUCCAUCAGCUGCAGCAUUCACACGAGUGACUGUCCUGUUUCCGGGUGGAAAAGGAGAAUCUUCACCAAGAAACUUUGGCAUCAAAGAGGGGGGAAAGCCCUCCCCGGAUAUUCCCAGUGUACCUGACUGUUCAUAGGGUUAUUGUAGCAUGGGGAUUGUUUCCCCUGGUAGCUAAGCUUAUCUGAAAGAAAAAGGAAAAAGAAAAUAAAAUAAAAGAGAAAAAUCCCAUUCCCUCGGGCACUGCUGCAUCUGACAGGGAUUUAAGGGCUUACAUUCAGCCUUCGCUGCAAUCCACAAUGGCAAAUGAACCGGUGAUUUUGAAUGUUUAUGACAUGUACUGGAUAAAUGAAUAUACAUCCACAUUGGGUAUUGGAGUCUUCCACUCUGGCAUUGAGAUCUACGGCAGAGAGUUUGCCUAUGGAGGGCAUCCAUACCCAUUCAGUGGGAUUUUCGAGAUCACACCAGGCAGUGCUGUAGAGCUUGGCGAGACCUUUAAGUUCAAAGAAUCCAUUGCCUUGGGCACCACAGAUUUCACAGAAGAAGAUGUGGAUAAAAUCAUGGAGGAGCUGGGCAAAGAGUACAAGGGCAACGCCUACCAUCUCAUGCACAAGAACUGCAAUCACUUUUCGACUGCUCUCUCAGAGAUCCUGUGUGGGAAGGAAAUCCCACGUUGGGUGAACCGCCUGGCCUACUUCAGCUCCUGUAUUCCCUUCCUCCAAAGCUGCCUCCCCAAGGAAUGGCUGACUCCAGCAGCCCUGCAGAGCCACAUCAGCCUUGGCCUCCAUAAGGAAGAGCAGGGAGACACAACCGACGAAGACACCCCAUCCACUUCUGCAGCUGCCUCAGCCUCAGGCCCCUCACGAACCUGCAGGCAUACAAGGGUCUGAACUAUACUCAUCCAGCCUUUCAUCCAAAUCUCUCCCCUGCCCUGUUUUUUGCUCACUUUCCAUUCCUUGUAACCUCGUUACCUUCUCCCAAGGACAUGGUGGGGGGGGGAUGUCCAUUCAUUGAAGAGAUGGAACCUUCUUGCCUCUUUUUCAAAGUAUUGCUGCUACUCAGCAAAGCGACUUGUCACUCUAGAACUGCAUUGAAGACGGCUUGGUUUAAACUCCUGGGGGCAGCGUGUGCUUUCAGUCCAAUAAGCCAGAACAAAACUGCAGGAACCUCUGGGACAUGACAAAGUGGACCUGAAGGGUAGCCAUACUGAGAAGUUCCUUGGCUGGAACUCUUUUAAUCCUUUGAUUCCUCCUGUCCUGCACAUAGGCCGCCUUCUCUCCAGUUUUUCCAAGGUUACCUAUCCACAGUGCACCUCCUUUAAGUACCAAAAUUAUGAACCGGAAUCAGAGCUUAAUUUUCUCAUCCCUAAGACCAGCAAAAAGCUCCUGUUAACUCCGUCUCCUCCUUUCUCUCUUUUGUAAUCACUAGUUUCUAAGUCAUCAGAAGGGCAAAUGAAAGGUGCUGCCAUCCUACCACUGCAGAUUUUUGUGUGAAUUAAAAUACUGUAUGAGCGAUUGAGGCCUCUACCCUUCAGUGACAAUAGCAAAACUAAUCUAGAAAUGAA